AUGGCUCCGAAGCCGAAUAAGGGAGUGAUUGUAAUCGAGCAAAGCAAGGUGUCUCCACCGCCAGGCUCAGUCCCAACAACCACUCUUCCUCUCAGUUUCUUGGACGUGCCAUGGCUUCUUUUUCCCCACAUGCAACGUCCCUACUUCUUCGAAUAUCCUCACUCAACCCACCACUUCCUACAAACCCUACUUCCCUCUCUCAAAAGCUCUCUCUCCCUCACUCUCCAACACUUCUUCCCCUUCGCCGCCAACCUCGUCCGCCCUCCACCGCCCGCGAAGCUUCACAUUCUCUUCACCGACGGCGACUCUGUAUCCCUCACCGUUGCCGAGUCCGCCGCCGACUUCCAUUAUCUCUCGGCCCCUCACCCGCUUCCCGUCCGAGCAUUGGACCCGUUCAUCCCCAAGCUGUCGGGCCCGACACCUGUGGAGCGUGGCGGCGACGCACUUGCGGAGCCUGUUCUGGCCUUGCAAAUCACCGUCUUUCCAAACUCCGGUAUCUGCAUUGGCGUUCGGUUCAGCCACGUGGUGGCCGACGGGAGGGCGUUUCACCAUUUCUUCAAAUCAUGGGCGUUGCUUUGCAAGACCGGAGGAGAUUUAACUCAGCUUAAUCGAGAGCUACGGCUGCCGUCUCACGAUCGGGCCGCGGUCAAGGACCAAUAUGGGCUUGAGCUCGAGUUCUUGGAGACAUGGAGGAGUUUAGCGCCGACAUGGAGUAAAGUGGACGAAGGAGUAGCCCUCCGUAACGUUCGUGCCGCGUUUGCUCUUAGCCAAUCCCAGAUUGUGGGACUAAAGCGUUGGCUCACCAAUCAAUUGGCCAAAGACGAUGAUUUCACGUCCUUUCACAUGUCGUCGUUUGUUGUUAUUUGCUCGGUGAUAUGGAUUUGCUUGGCGAAAUCAGAAGAGAGAAAUUCGACGGCGAUCGACAUUAAAAACGACGAGCCUUACCACUUCGCCUUCGUCGCGGAUUGUCGAAAACGCCUCCAGUUUCCGCUACCAAUAACAUACUUUGGAAAUUGCUUGACAGUGUGUUUCGCGUCAGUAAAUUGGAAGGAGCUAGUGGGAGAAAACGGAUUCGUCGCGGCUGCCAAGGCCAUUGGGAAGGAAGUUGGUGAAAUGAACAGGGAAGCUCUGAAAGAGCUGGAGAAUUGGAUAAUGAGGUUCAAAAAAAUAAAGGAAUUAGGGUUGCAACAUGUCACCGUCGUGGGCUCGCCGAAAUUUGGUAUUUAUGAGACGGAUUUCGGCCUGGGGAGGCCGGUAAAGACUGAACCAAUCCAUUUUAAUGAUUCAAACACGAUAGCUCUUUAUGAGAGUUGCAAUGAUAAGGGUGGGGUUGGAGUUAGUUUAGCACUAAGCAGGGUUCGAAUGAGUCGUUUUAGUACCAUUUUGGAAGAAAUCUUGAAGGAAUUGGCCUGA